AUGGCGCCAAACGCUACAACUUCUACUCUGAAACCACUCUCCAUAAAAACGUUUGAUGACCUUGAAGGUGAUUUCUGUAAGGAUGAAGUUUUGGUCAGGCUGAUUCAUUUUUGGGAGUCUCGGAAUUUCAAAAAAGGCAACAUACUUAUGGGUGUAGAAAUGCUCCUGAUCGACACCAAGUCAACAACGAUGCAGGGAUUCAUAUCGGCCAACCGAUUAUUCCGCUACAAAGAGGCGUUGAAGGCAAACUCAAUGUAUAAGAUGAAAAACUUCAUGAUCACCGAUUGCAAAACUUUUUACAAGGUGUCAUCACUGAUAGACAAGACUUUUUAG